GAGCUGGGUGUUACCUCCCCUCCCUCCACAAGCACUGUAAGUCAAGUCUGGGGUUUCCAGUUGAGCUCGAGCCUGUUAUUCGCCCGCGCUUACACGUUUCUACAACUUCGCUGCCAGUUUCCUGCAUUAUCGGACCGCCAUGGGAGUCGAAGGCUGCACCAAAUUAAUGAAAUACCUGCUGUUUUGCUUAAAUUUCAUCUUCUGGCUUGCUGGAGGUGUGAUCCUGGGCGUGGCCCUUUGGUUGAGACAUGACCAAAAGAUCAGCAACCUCAUGUCGCUUGAAGUGGAUGGAGCCCAGACCCCCACCUCCUUCUACAUCUGUGUCCACAUUCUGAUCGCGGUGGGCACUGUGAUGAUGGUGGUCGGUUUCCUUGGAUGCUACGGCGCUAUUCAGGAGUCCCAGUGUUUAUUGGGAACUUUUUUCGUCUGCCUGGUCAUCCUGUUCGCCGGUGUAAUUGCUGCUGGGAUCUUGGGUUACAUGAACAAAGACACUGUUUCAAAGGAAAUGAAGAAGUUCUAUGACUCUGUCUAUGACAUGGCCAUAUCAGACACCCUUAAUGACCACACUAAAAAGAAGGCUGUUGAACAAGUGCUCAAGGCCUUCCAUGAGACGCUUCAAUGCUGCGGUAAGGACAAGAUAACCUCAACUUUCUCAGUGAUAACAAGUAAAGUCGGCUUUCAGGACGUCUGCUCCAGCCAAUGGACCUUUGUUGACUGCCACGGGAAAAUCGACGAACUCUUUUCAGAUAAGAUUUAUCUGGUGGGAAUCGCUGCACUGGUGGUUGCUGUCAUAAUGAUCUUUGAGAUGAUCUUCAGCAUGGUGUUGUGCUGCGGCAUCCGCAACAGCCCCGUGUAUUAAAGCAGCUGAGUGGAUG